AUGCAAGCAUUUUGCCACCCUGAGGUAUCUCGUUCCAACGUCACAGAAGAAUUUGCUCUUCAAAUGGCACAUAUGAGAAGCACCUUUACAAUACUGCAGAUAAUCUUUUGCCUGAUCGGUAUAACGGGUAACAUUCUGAAUUUGCGUACAUUGGCAAGUCCUUCAUUGCAAACAGUACCAUUCAUGUACAUUCGCUCUUUAGCAUAUUUUGAUCUGAUCUCAUUGUCGGCUAUACUGAUGCAUUUCAUGCUUGAAAGAACUACUAAACAAUAUAUUCUUGUAGUGUAUUCAAAUUAUAUCGAGGCGCCUUUUAUAAAUACUUUUCUAGUUGCAGGCCUUUAUUGUGCUUUCAUGCUUACAGUGGAAAGAUGUCUGCUCAUUUCUCGGCCACAUCUGCAACUUCCAUACAAUCCUCAUAAAAUGGCUAGACGAAAAAUCCAAGCCAUGCUAGGUCUAGCCGCGUUGUUACAUCUUCCAAUGAUGCUUCAGACCACUAUAAAGUUGAGUGAUGAUGGUUCCUAUCACAUCGCAAAUAAUGUGGAUUUACUAUGCAGGGAACCUCACUGGACAGUUUAUAACUACUACAAAUUGAUCAGGGAAUGCUUGCGAUUCUUUUUCGUUGCUCUAAUGACUUUACUGAAUGUGAUAAUUGCUCGUAAGCUCCAACUGAAUAAUCUUCGCCGACGUCGCCUGGUAAGACGUUCAGUUCCCAGUGAUGUGAGUUCUCCAGACCAUCUUAGUGCAAAAAGGCCAAAGAGUCCAGAGAAUAGCUUCAAUAGAUCUCGUCGGGAAUCGAACCUAGUUCGCAGCUUCUCGGAGAAGAAGCUUACAGCAUUGAUGGUUGUUAUAUGUGUAAUUUACAUUCUUGGAAAUCUACCACAAAUGCUUGUGAUGGUUCUUCAAAACGAAGCCAUGGAAAAUUCAUACGGCUUCCAGCUUUACCGCAAUACUGCUAAUCUCCUCGAAGUAGUGAAUCAUUGCCUCAACUUCUAUAUAUUUUGCAUGGCCAGCAGCGAGUACACUCGUGCAUUUUUAUUGAAAUGUGUUUGUGUAAGGGAUAUCAUGAUGAAGUUCCCCGAAUAUGCUGAAUUUUUGACAGCGAGGAGAAGUGACAGCAUGGUCUCUUGUAAUAUAUCAAAUAUCGGACUGCAACAUAGAGACUCCGGAAGUGGUUCUGAUUAUGAAGGAACCAUACUCUGCAAUGUUGUUGAAGGAAAUUCCUACGUAGAUGACACCGUGGACAGAUCGGAAAUGAAGGGAAUUCUUGUCAGCGGUGAGCAGGACUGUCUAUCAUAA